AUGGCAGCAAGAUUUGUAGUCGCUGUGGCGCUUGUGGCCUUGUGCCGUGCCAACCCCGUCAUUAAAAACGGUGUCGUCUACCGUGACAGUCGGGGUUUAGCCAUCGGCCAAGCAUACAACAGCGACGGCGGAGUGAGCCAGGCCAACGCCAACGUAAUCGGUGGUGUAUCACAGGCCUACGGUAGCAGCAGCAACGGUGGUCACAUAGCGCGUGACGGGCUCUUCUAUCCCGGUCAAGCUAUCGCGAAAGCGGAAACCUACGACAACGAUGGAAACCUAAUCAACGGUCCGUCUCAAGCUAUCGCUAAAGCCCAGAACGGAGGUGCUUACUACCCAGUCCCCGCUCCCGGUACCAUCAUCACUUAUGAGCAGAACUUCGCUGUACCCGCUGAAGUCGCCUACGAAAUUCCCGCUGGGGCCGUGAAGUCCCAUUCAGCUGCCCACUCGGAUGGCAUUUCUGACUCGUCGCUUUCCACUGCUUCCACCAACGGUGCGGGAAAUGCUCAGUCUUCCGCUCAGACUCAAGGCAUCAGCGGUUUUGGAACCACCUCCACCAACGCUAAAACUUAUGGUAACAGCUUCGGUUCCGCCGCCUCCAACGCCAAAAAUGGCUACGGCUCUGCUGUAACUUCGGCCAAAACAAAUGGAUUUGGUGCCGCAACCUCCAACGCUCAAACAAACGGAGUGACUGGAAUCAUUGCGCCUGUCGCGCCUAUCAAUGACCUCGAAUCGACUGUCAUCUCUGCCAAAACUCAAGGAAUUUACACCGGAUACACAAACCCCAACAUUGGAUCAGCUUCUUCCAACGCCAACGUUAAUGGUCACGGAAGCGCUUCUUCCUAUGCCAGAACUCAUGACCAGAGAGGUAUCCACUGGCGCUUCGGAACUCUGUACGACAAUCCCGCCAGUGCAGCUUACAACAGCCAUCCCGGUUAUGGUGCCAUCAAGUACACCGCCACUAACCCUGGCUAUGGAUCUGCUAACGCCAACGCCAACGUGAACGGUGCCGGCUACGGCUCAGCCAACUCUGCUGCCAACACCAAUGGCUACGGUACAGCCAAGUCCUCCGCCAACUCUAACGGAGCCGGUUACGGAACUGCCAACGCCAAUGCUGAUGUGAACAACGCCGGCUAUUACAGCUUUAGGAAUACCGCCAACCCCAGCUACCCCGGCUACGGUUCCGCCAUCUCUUCAGCCAACACUGGUGGCUAUGGAACUGCCAAAUCGUCCGCGAACACCCAAGGCUCCAGCUUCGGGGGAAGAACCGCUACCGACGCUCACACUGCAGGCUUUGGGUCUGCUAGAUCCUCCGCUAAAACUCAUGGUGUGAGCACCGCGUUCAAGGUGGCCGACUCUUCCGCCAACAGCUACGGUCACGGUUCCGCUAAUGCUAAGGCCACAAGUGCUUAA